AUGUCCACCCAAAACGAUCUGGCCGGGUUGCGUGAUAACUCGAACCUACUAGGUGAAAAGAACAAGAUUCUUGUUGCCAACCGUGGUGAAAUUCCAAUUAGAAUCUUUAGAACGGCUCAUGAACUUUCGAUGAAGACUGUUGCGAUCUAUUCGCACGAGGAUAGACUAUCUAUGCACAGAUUGAAGGCAGACGAAGCUUACGUUAUUGGUGAGCCAGGAAAAUACACUCCAGUUGGUGCUUACUUGGCGAUCGAUGAGAUUAUCAAGAUUGCUCAAUUGCACGGAGUGAGCUUCAUCCACCCUGGUUAUGGGUUCUUAUCGGAAAACUCUGAGUUUGCCAAGAAGGUGGCCGACUCUGGUAUCACGUGGGUUGGUCCUCCAGCCGAUGUGAUCGAUGCUGUUGGUGACAAGGUUUCUGCCAGAAACUUGGCCGAGAGAGCGGAUGUUCCAGUGGUUCCAGGUACGCCUGGUCCAAUAGAGACAGUUGAAGAAGCAGUUGAAUUUGUGGAGAAGUACGGAUACCCAGUCAUCAUCAAGGCUGCCUUCGGUGGUGGUGGUCGUGGUAUGAGAGUUGUUCGUGAAGGUGAUGAUAUCGCCGAUGCUUUCCAAAGAGCCAAGUCCGAAGCUGUUACUGCUUUCGGUAACGGUACUUGUUUCGUUGAAAGAUUCUUGGACAAGCCAAAGCACAUCGAAGUUCAGUUGUUGGCUGAUCACUACGGUAAUGUCAUCCAUCUAUUCGAAAGAGACUGUUCUGUGCAAAGAAGACAUCAAAAGGUCGUUGAAGUAGCGCCAGCCAAGACUUUGCCAGAGAGCGUGCGUAAUGCAAUCUUGACUGACGCUGUCAAGUUGGCUAAGGAGGCAGGAUACAGAAAUGCUGGUACCGCUGAAUUUUUGGUCGACAACCAAAACAGACACUACUUUAUUGAAAUCAACCCAAGAAUUCAAGUCGAACAUACCAUCACCGAAGAAAUUACCGGUAUCGACAUUGUCGCCGCACAAAUUCAAAUCGCAGCAGGUGCUUCCUUGGAACAAUUGGGACUAUUGCAAGAUAGAAUCACCACCCGUGGUUUCGCUAUUCAAUGUCGUAUCACUACUGAAGAUCCUUCCAAGAACUUCCAGCCAGAUACUGGUCGUAUCGAUGUUUACCGUUCCGCUGGUGGUAACGGUGUCAGAUUGGAUGGUGGUAACGCAUUCGCUGGUUCGGUCAUUUCACCUCAUUAUGAUUCCAUGUUGGUCAAAUGUUCUUGUUCCGGUUCCACUUACGAAAUCGUUCGUCGUAAGAUGUUGCGUGCCUUGAUCGAAUUCAGAAUCAGAGGUGUGAAGACAAACAUUCCAUUCUUGCUAACGUUGUUGACUCAUCCUGUGUUCAAGUCCGGUGACUACUGGACUACCUUCAUCGAUGACACUCCACAAUUGUUCGAAAUGGUUUCUUCUCAAAACAGAGCUCAAAAACUAUUGCACUACUUGGCCGAUCUUGCCGUUAACGGUUCAUCGAUCAAGGGUCAAAUUGGUCUACCAAAGUUAAAGACUCAUCCUACUAUCCCACAUUUGCAUAAGGCCGAUGGCUCCAUUCUAGAUGUGUCUGCCAAGCCUCCUGCCGGGUGGAGAGAUGUUCUAUUGCAACACGGCCCAGAAGAAUUUGCAAAGCAAGUUAGAAAGUUCAAGGGUACUUUGCUAAUGGACACCACCUGGAGGGAUGCUCAUCAAUCUCUAUUGGCCACUAGAGUCAGAACUUACGAUUUGGCUGCCAUCGCUCCAACUACUGCUCAUGCUUUGAGCGGUGCUUUCGCUUUGGAAUGUUGGGGUGGUGCCACUUUCGAUGUCUCCAUGAGAUUCUUGCACGAAGAUCCAUGGGAACGUUUGAGAACUUUGAGAAAGUUGGUUCCUAACAUUCCAUUCCAAAUGUUGCUACGUGGUGCCAACGGUGUUGCAUACUCUUCUCUACCAGAUAACGCUAUCGACCACUUUGUCAAGCAAGCAAAGGAUAACGGUGUUGACAUUUUCAGAGUCUUCGAUGCUCUAAACGAUUUGGAGCAAUUGACUGUCGGUGUUGACGCAGUCAAGAAGGCUGGUGGUGUUGUCGAAGCUACCAUUUGUUACUCCGGUGACAUGCUAGCACCAGGUAAGAAGUACAACCUUGACUACUACUUGGACAUUGUUGAACAAGUGGUUAAGAGAGGUACCCAUAUUCUUGGUAUCAAGGAUAUGGCAGGUACUUUGAAGCCAUCUGCUGCUAAGCUCUUGAUCGGUUCUAUCAGAACAAAGUACCCUGACUUGCCAAUUCACGUCCAUACCCAUGACUCCGCCGGUACCGGUGUUGCUUCCAUGGCUGCAUGUGCUUUCGCUGGUGCUGAUGUUGUUGAUGUUGCAACCAACUCUAUGUCUGGUAUGACUUCUCAACCAUCUGUCAAUGCACUAUUGGCUGCUCUUGAUGGUGAAAUCGACUGUAAUGUCAACGUCAGCUACAUCAGUCAGCUAGAUGCUUACUGGGCUGAAAUGAGACUAUUGUACUCAUGUUUCGAAGCCGACUUGAAGGGUCCUGAUCCAGAAGUUUACGUCCAUGAAAUUCCAGGUGGUCAAUUGACCAACUUGCUCUUCCAAGCCCAACAAUUGGGUCUUGGUGAGCAAUGGGCUGAAACCAAGAGAGCUUACCGUGAAGCAAACCUGUUGUUGGGUGAUGUUGUUAAGGUCACUCCAACAUCCAAGGUUGUCGGUGAUUUGGCUCAAUUCAUGGUCACUAACAAGUUGACCUCGGAUGAUGUUAAGAGAUUAGCUUCAUCUUUGGAUUUCCCAGACUCCGUCAUGGACUUCUUUGAAGGUUUAAUCGGUCAACCAUACGGUGGUUUCCCAGAACCUCUAAGAUCUGAUGUUUUGAAGAACAAGAGAAGAAAGUUGACCAAGAGACCAGGUUUGGAAUUGGCUCCAUUCGAUUUGGAAGGCAUUAAGGAAGAUUUGACUAACAGAUUUGGUGACAUUGACGACUGUGAUGUUGCUUCUUACAACAUGUAUCCAAAGGUCUACGAAGAUUUCCGUAAGAUCAGAGAAAAGUACGGUGAUUUAUCUGUUUUGCCAACCAAGAACUUCUUGUCUCCACCUUCAAUCGGUGAAGAAAUCGUCGUUACAAUUGAACAAGGUAAGACUUUGAUCAUUAAGCCACAAGCUAUUGGUGAUUUGAACAAGGAGACUGGUAUCAGAGAAGUUUACUUCGAAUUGAACGGUGAAUUGAGAAAGGUCUCUGUUGCUGACAGAUCUCAAAAGGUUGAAACGAUCUCCAAGCCAAAGGCUGACGCCCACGAUCCAUUCCAAAUUGGUUCUCCAAUGGCAGGUGUUGUUGUCGAAGUCAAGGUACACAAGGGUUCUUUGAUCUCCAAGGGCCAACCAGUCGCUGUCCUAAGUGCCAUGAAGAUGGAAAUGGUUAUCUCCUCCCCAUCUGAUGGUCAAGUCAAGGAAGUGCUUGUCAAGGAUGGUGAAAACGUUGACGCUUCUGACUUGCUCGUUGUUUUGGAAGAAGCUCCAGCUAAAGAAUAA